CUCCCUGCCUGCCUGCCGCUUGCGGAUCCGCCGCUGAACGGCCCUUCUCCACUCAGCACCCCGGAGCCGCGGGGCGGAGAGGGGCGGUGGCGAUGGCCACCGUGGUGGUGGAAAUGGACUCGGAGCCCUCCUGCAGCAUCCCUAACCUCACCUCCACCUCGCCCAGCCUCUCCCACCGCUUCCUGGACAGCAAGUUUUACCUGCUGGUGGUCGUCGGAGAGCUGGUGACAGAGGAGCACCUGCGACGGGCCAUCGCCAACAUCGAGCGAGGGAUCCGAUCAUGGGACACAAACUUGGUUGAAUGCAACUUGGACCAAGAACUGAAGCUUUUUGUGUCUCGCCAUUCAGCUCGGUUCUCUCCUGAAGUUCGAGGUCAGAAGAUUCUUCACCACAGAAGUGAUGUCUUAGAAACUGUAGUCCUGAUUAACCCCUCAGAUGAAGCAGUUAGUACUGAGGUGCGCUUAAUGAUCACAGAUGCUGCAAGACACAAGCUCCUUGUACUCACUGGACAGUGCUUUGAAAACACAGGAGAACUCAUUCUUCAGUCAGGGUCCUUCUCCUUCCAGAACUUCAUUGAGAUCUUCACAGAUCAAGAGAUUGGUGAAUUACUGAGCACCACACACCCUGCCAACAAAGCCAGCCUAACUCUUUUCUGCCCUGAGGAAGGGGACUGGAAAAAUUCCAACCUUGAUAGACACAAUCUUCAAGAUUUUAUUAAUAUUAAACUCAACUCAGCUUCCAUACUGCCUGAAAUGGAAGGACUCUCUGAAUUCACAGAGUAUCUCUCAGAAUCAGUAGAAGUACCAUCGCCUUUCGACAUUCUGGAACCUCCAACCUCAGGAGGCUUCUUGAAACUCUCCAAACCCUGCUGUUACAUUUUCCCAGGAGGAAGGGGGGACUCUGCAUUGUUUGCCGUGAAUGGAUUCAACAUGCUUAUCAAUGGAGGAUCUGAAAGAAAAUCUUGCUUUUGGAAGCUUAUCCGGCAUUUAGACAGGGUAGAUUCCAUUCUGCUUACUCACAUUGGAGAUGACAACCUGCCAGGAAUCAAUAGCAUGCUUCAGCGGAAGAUAGCCGAACUAGAAGAGGAACAGUCUCAAGGGUCUACUACCAACAGCGACUGGAUGAAAAAUCUGAUCUCACCUGAUUUAGGAGUUGUGUUCCUUAAUGUACCUGAGAACCUGAAGAACCUGGAUCCUAACUUUAGAAUAAAAAGGAGUGUAGAAGAAGCUUGCUUUACCCUGCAAUAUUUAAAUAAAUUGUCUAUGAAGCCAGAGCCCCUCUUCAGAAAUACAGGAAACACAAUCGACCCCAUCAUCUUAUUUCAGAAAAUGGGAGUUGGCAAACUUGAGAUGUACGUGCUUAAUCCUGUCAAAAACAGCAAAGAGAUGCAGUAUUUUAUGCAGCAGUGGAGCGGUACUAACAAAGAUAAGGCUGAAUUCCUGCUACCAAAUGGGCAAGAACUAGACAUUCCGUUAUCCUACAUCACCUCUGUCUCAUCCCUCAUCGUGUGGCACCCAGCUAAUCCUGCAGAAAAGAUAAUUCGAGCUCUGUUUCCUGGAAACAGCACUCAGUAUAAUAUCCUAGAAGGACUUGAAAAACUCAAACAUUUAGACUUCCUUAAACAACCGUUGGUUACACAAAAAGACCUGACUGGGAACAUUGCCAGUCCAGCUGUGAAACAAACAAAGCUGAAACAACGAACAGACAGCAAGGAGAGUCUCAAGCCUGCUGCUGCAAAGACACCACCAAGCAAGCCUGUCAGAAAAGAGUCUAAAGAAGAAGCACCGGAGCCUACGAAGCCUAGCCUGGCACCAGAAAAGACUCAGAAGCUGGAAAGCAAAGAGAAGGUUUUACUUAAAAAAGAUAAACCAGCAAAAGUGGAGACCAAAACUACAGUGGUAGAAAAAGACAUAGCAAGUAAAGAGGAACAAUUAGUAAAAUCUGAAACUCCUGAAAAAACGGCUACAGAUGUAAAACCAAAAGUGUCAAAGGAGAAGCCGGUGAAAAAAGAAGUAAAAGCAAAACCUGAAGAAAAAAAAGAAGACAAAGAAAAACCAAAGAAAGAGGUUUCUAAAAAAGAGGAGAAAACAACCAUCAAAAAAGAAGAAAAGCCCAAAAAAGAAGAGAUCAAGAAAGAGGUUAAAAAGGAGGUGAAAAAAGAAGAGAAGAAAGAAACUAAGAAGGAAGUAAAGAAAGAAUCUCCACCAAAGGAAGCUAAAAAAGAAGCUAAAAAAGAAGAGAAAAAGGAAAUCAAGAAGGAGGAAAAGGAAGUGAAAAAGGACAUCAAAAAGCUUCCUAAAGAAACAAAGAAGACAGCAACUCCUUCAGCUGAAGCCAAAAAAUCAGCAGCAAAGCCUAAAUCACAAAAGAAAGAGGAACCUGCUAAAAAAGAAGCAGCACCUGCUGCAAAGUCAAAGGAAAAAGGAAAAGUUAAGACUGUGAAGAAGGAGACCAAAGUCAGUGGAGCGCCAGCUGCCCUUGCAGCAGCUGGAGUUGCUGCCACAACUCUAGCAGCUGUAGCAGCUGCAGAAAUCACAGCAAGCGGAAAGGAACUUGAAGCAGAGAGAUCCCUUAUGUCUUCACCAGAGGACUUAACAAAGGAUUUUGAGGAAUUAAAAGCUGAAGAAGUAGAAAUAGUAAAAGAAACAAAACCUCAAGUUGCACUCAUAGAGGAUGAACUGAAACUCACUAGUACAGUACAGAAAGAGACCUUUGAAGUACAAAAAGAAAAAUUAGAUAAUGAAGGACCUGCUGAGUCCUCUGAUGAAGGCAUAACUACCACAGAGGCUGAGGGUGAGUGUGAACAGACACCCGAAGAACUGGAACCUGUGGAAAAGCACAGGGUUGAUGACAAUGAGAAGUUUGAAGAUGAGGGAACUGGUUUGGAAGAAUCAUCUGAAGCAGGAGAUUAUGAGGAAAAGGCAGAGACAGAAGAAGCUGAAGAACAGUUUGAAGAUGAAGAGGAAAAGACACCACUGGACACUACAAAACCAUAUAUAGAGAAACCACGAAAAACUGAACAGAGCUCAGGAGAAGUGUCUGAAGCAGAUGCUAACAUUAAAAAUGAAAAGUAUAUAGAAAAGGCUGAUUAUGAAACCUCAGAUGAUCGUGCUGAGGAAGACAGAGAAGAAGCAAUAGAAAAAGCAGAAACUGAAGAGACUGAAGAAGAUGAGGAAGACAAAGCAGAAGACAUCAGGGAUGAAGAGGAAACUGAAAAAAUAGAAGCUGAAGAGGAUUAUGUGAUGGCUGUGGUAGACAAAGCUGCAGAAGUUGGAGAAGUUGAAGAUAAGUAUGGCCUACUCAUAAUUACACCAACAAAACGCUCAGAGCCUCAGUCUCCAGCAGUUGAACCAGCCUCUUCCAUCCAUGAUGAGACAUUACCUGGUGGUUCCGAAAGCGAAGCCACUGUUUCUGAUGAAGAAAAUAGAGAAGAUCAACCUGAGGAAUUCACUGCUACUUCAGGUUACACACAGUCCACCAUUGAAAUAUCCAGUGAACCAACUCCAAUGGAUGAAAUGUCCACACCCCGGGAUGUCAUGAGUGAUGAAACUAACAACGAGGAAAGUGAGUCACCUUCUCAGGAGUAUGUGAAUAUCACCAAGUAUGAGACAUCACUCUACUCACAAGAGUUUGGCCGACCUAAACUUUCUCCACUUCCAGAUGCUUUCAAUGGAUUAUCUGAAGGAUCCAAAACCGAUGCCACAGAAGGUAAAGAAUAUAAUGCCUCAGCUUCCACCAUCUCACCACCUUCUUCAUUAGAAGAAGACAAAUUCUGCAAGUCUGCAUUCCAAGAUAUAUAUCGCCAAAAGGAAAGUGAUACUCAAGGCACUGCCAAACUAGAAAUCAAAGAACCCUAUCAGGAAAGUGAUGGAAAACGUAGUCCAGUCAAGAGUCCAGCUGACAGUUUGUCCCCUCCAUCACCUGUUGCCAAAACACCACUGAAUGAACGUAGUGUCAACUUUUCACUCACUCCCAAUGAGAUCAAGGUCUCAUCUGAGCCUGUGUCCAUUGCUGCGUUGCCUGAGGUACAUCAAGGAGUUGCUGAAGAGCACUGUGCAAGCCCUGAAGAUAAAACAUUAGAAGUAGCAUCUCCAUCACAGUCUGCUGCUGGUAGUGCUGGCCACACACCUUAUUAUCAGUCUCCCACUGAUGAGAAGUCCAGUCAGCUUCCCUCUGAAACCAGUGAAAAGUCAACAGAAGCUCCUGUUAGCUUUGAAUUCAGUGAAGUCAAAGAUGAGUCUGCAAAACUCAGAAUAAGCCCUAUGGAUGAGCCUGUGCCAGACUCAGAAUCUCCUAUUGAAAAGGUUCUCUCACCUCUACGAAGUCCACCACUGAUAGGUUCAGAGACCCCUUAUGAUACAUUUUUGAGUGCUGAUUUGAAGUUUCACAACAGAGAUUACAGAAGCCCUGAGGAGAAACCUGAAAAAGAAAAAUCACCUGUGCAGAUGAGCCCAUCCUCUGAAGCCAGUUCUGUUGGCCUUUUCCAAGAAAAACAAGAUGAAAAAAGCAUGGAGUUCAUGGCAAUUAAGGAAAGCUUCAGCCUGGAAAGGAAAAUGGAGGAUACAGAACCCAGCAGCUCCCAGUCUUCACUGGUCUUGGAUGAGCGCAAGUUAGCAGGUGAUCUCUCACCUACUCAAAUAGAUAUCAGCCAGUUCGGUUCCCUGAAAGAAGAUACCAAAAUGUCCAUUUCUGAGGGCACUGUUUCUGAUAAGUCUGCCACUCCUGUUGAUGAGGUUGUAGCAGAAGACACCUAUUCCCAUAUAGAAGGAGUAGCUUCUGUCUCUACAGCAUCUGUUGCAACUAGUUCAUUUCCAGAACCAACGACUGAUGAUGUGUCUCCUUCUUUGCAUGCUGAGGUUGGGUCUCCCCACUCUACUGAAGUUGAUGAUUCCCUUUCAGUGUCAGUUGUACAAACACCAACAACUUUUCAGGAGACAGAGAUGUCUCCAUCUAAGGAAGAGUGCCCAAGGCCCAUGUCAAUUUCUCCACCUGAUUUCUCACCUAAAACUGCAAAAUCAAGAACACCAGUGCGUGAUCACAGAUCUCCUGAGCAGUCAACUAUGUCAGUGGAAUUUGGUCAGGAGUCUCCUGAGCAGUCUUUAGCAAUGGACUUUAGCAGGCAAUCUCCAGAAUACCCUACGUUAGGCGCUAGUAUACAUCACAUAUCUGAAAAUGGGCCAACAGAAGUAGAUUAUAGCCCUUCAGACAUACAGGAGCCUACUUUUGCACGGAAGAUUUCCCCUGUGGAGCAUUCAUCUUACUCUCAGGAGAAAGAUAUUUCAGAAAUUAUUUCAGUUUCUCAAAUUGAAGCUUCAUCCUCAACUUCAUCAGCUCAUACACCUUCCCAGGUAACUUCCCCACUGCCAGAGGAAACUUUUUCAGGUGCUGCUCCACCCAGAGAUAUGUCUCUACAUUUUACCUCAGAAAAGGUGCAGAGCCUAGGGGAAAAGCUGUCACCAAAGUCUGACCUAUCUCCAUUAACUCCAAGGGAAUCUUCUCCUCUGUACUCCCCUGGUUUUCCAGAUUCACCUCCUGCAGUCACAGAAGCAGUAUCAGCUGGUCACGCACCUUCAUUGACACUGCAGGUGUCCUCUGUCAAAGCAUUUGGUUACCAGGACACCCUAACAAAGCACAGUCCAGAACCUUCACUCAGCCCAGAAAAAGAGGAUUCUGACAAAAGCAGCAGAUCUCCAGAAGAACUUAAUUAUUCUUAUGAGGCCAGAGAGAAAACUACUAAGUCACCAGAGGAUAUUAGCUAUUCCUGUGAGCCAGUUGGAAAAUCCACUAGAUCACCUCAGGCCAUGGAUUAUUCCUAUGAGACAACCAAGACAACUACCAGGUCACCUGAGGACACAGAUUAUUCCUAUGAGAUAACUGCAAAAAAUAUGAAGUCAUCUGAAGCCACUGACUAUUCUUAUGACAUGGCACAGAAAACCAGUAGGUCGCCAGGUGCCACAGAUUAUUCCUACGAGAUGACAGGGAAAACCACCAGGUCACCUGGGGCCACAGAUUAUUCCUAUGAGAGCAUUAGGAAAAUUACCAGGUCGCCUGAUACUAUGGAUUACUCCUAUGAGACCACAGGUAAAGCCCCUAAGUCACCAGAAGGCAUUAGCUACCACUCUGAGACAACUGGGAGAACUACCAGGUCACCAGAGGCCAUGGCUUACUCCUGCGAGACUACUCGGAAAGCCUCCAUGUCUCCCGAAGCUGCGGAUUACUCGUUUGAGCCAGCCGGGAGAGCCACCAGAUCACCUGAAGCCGUCAGCUAUUCCUACGAAGCGAGCGCGCAUUUCACUCCAGGAAAAUCACUGGCAGAAUCUCGUCAAGAGGUUGACUUGUGCCUGGUGUCCUCGUGCGAGUAUAAACAUCCCAAAACUGAACUUUCACCCUCGUUUAUCAACCCAAACCCCCUGGAGUGGUUCGCCAAUGAAGAACAGUCUCAAGAUCAAGAGAAGCCAUUAACUCAAUCCGGGGGAGCUCAGCCACCCUCUGGGGGAAAGCAGCAAGGGCGGCAGUGUGAUGAAACCCCUCCCACUUCUGUGAGUGAGUCUGCUCCAUCUCAGACUGAUUCAGAUGUUCCCCCGGAGACUGAGGAAUGUCCUUCCAUCACUGCAGAUGCUAACAUCGACUCAGAAGAUGAGUCAGAAACCAUUCCCACCGACAAGACAAUUACGUACAAAAGCAUUGACCCACCACCUGUCCCGAUGCAGGAUCGCAGCCCUUCCCCAAGGCAUCCUGAUGUUUCCAUGGUUGACCCGGAGGCGCUUCCUGUUGAUCAGAAUCUGGGUAAACCCUUGAAGAAGGACCUCAAAGAAAAGACAAAGACAAAAAAGCAGGGUACUAAGACCAAGUCGUCGUCUCCUGUUAAAAAAAGUGAUGGGAAAUCAAAACAAGUGGCUUCACCAAAGCCAGCUAUGAAAGAAUCUUUAGACAAAAUUUCCAAAACAGCUUCUCCAAAAAAGAAGGAGUCUGUGGAGAAGGCAAGCAAAAACCUCUCUUCUCCAGAAGUAAAGUCUCGAAUGGAAGAGAAAGAUAAAGACACCAAGAAUGCAGCAAAUACAACAGCAUCCAAGUCAGCAAAGACUGCAACCACAGGACCUGGAAAUACUAAGGUGGCAAAAUCUACAGCAGUGCCUCCAGGACCUCCAGUGUACUUGGAUCUGGUGUACAUUCCCAACCACAGCAAUAGCAAGAAUGUUGAUGUUGAGUUUUUCAAGAGGGUCCGGUCAUCGUACUAUGUGGUGAGCGGGAAUGAUUCUGCAGCUGAAGAGCCAAGCAGGGCUGUUCUGGACUCCCUCCUGGAGGGCAAGGCACAAUGGGAGAGUAACAUGCAGGUUACUUUAAUCCCAACCCAUGACUCAGAAGUGAUGAGGGAAUGGUACCAAGAGACCCAUGAGAAACAGCAAGACCUCAACAUCAUGGUUUUGGCAAGCAGCAGCACUGUUGUUAUGCAAGACGAAUCUUUUCCCGCAUGCAAGAUUGAGCUGUAAGAAUGAGACCAUGCAUCACAAGAUGAAACUCUGUUUCCAGAAAUUCUCCAGUUUGACAACACCUUUUCUAAAAAUCCAACCCAUCUGUUUCAAGUGCUGAACUAUAUACCUGCCAAAUGCUAUACUUGUCACGGUGAUGCAAGUCACUAAUAUUUUUCAGUCUUUGCUGAUUGCUAAGGGAAGUAACAAUAUUCCCACAGUAGGGUUCAGACUACUGGAAAAUACAGAUCCAGUUUCAUCUCUGCUGAACGUUUGGAAACCACGCACUAGCAACCCUGACUUCUUCCAGUUCGAGACAUUUACCCUCUAAAGAAACACAAAGAGAAAGUGAGGGAGGGGUAGGAGGAGGAAGUAAUAAAUAUUUAAAUCUGCAUUAGUCUCAUGGCAAUAGAUGUAUUGCUUAACUGCAGCCUGCUUAUGCUCUCACAUGAAAAUAAAGUCUUGAAUUUAUAUCAAUCUGAGCUAUCUUAAAGGGGAUACUUUUUUAACAGAAUUAAGUUAGCUAGAAAAUAAAUACUAAUAGAACGUGGCUAGGAAGGGCCGUACAACCUAAACUCUCAUCAGCAGUUUUCCACUUUAAUUUUAACUCUGCAUACUGACAUACCAUAACAAUCAUAGGCCAAAUGUGCAUGUAGUUUGCACCCCAUCUAGAAGUCUAAAGCCAUUCUUUCCACAUGCAGAAUUGUUGGUCUAAGGCAUGCCCCCAGUGGAAGUCCACUCACUCCAGCCAGAACUGACCAGUCCACAUGCUUGAACACCCAUGUCCACUGUCAGCUAACUGAAGCAAAAUACCAAAGCGGUCGGGAGUACAUACGGUAGACAAAUUGCCUUAGAAAGUGACUUGAAUGUACAAAGAAACUCGAUGCACUUAUUUUUUAAUGUCAAGACAGCAAAUUUCUAAAACAUCUGUGUAGGAUCAUAGUUACACCAGUAAAGAAGUGUGAGUGUGCAUGUGUGGUACUAGAAACCUGACUGGUCAAAUGGCUCAGUGCUACGAAUUUCGUAUGUUAGUUACGCGAACGCUUCACUGAUGCACCUGGACAGGUCAGCAGGGCAAGAUGAGCAUUUUCUCGAAUGCUUCUUUUGUGCUGUGGAAGCAAGAUUGAAGUGGGGUCCAGUAUCAGAGUUACGAAACUGAGUGAAACAUUCAGAAUGAUGAAAAAAGGUUACCUGUGAGCCUGUACAGUAUUCAGCCUUCCUUUGUCAUACCUUAUUUUAUUUGUUUAAUUUAAGAGUGGAUAUGGGAACAAAUGUACAGAAACCUUUUUUUUAGCGCUAUGUGAACUUUUAAUAAAUGAAUUUUUAACAAAAUUUUUCAUUUACAGGAAAAUGCAAUGAAAAAAUUUUCAGGUGAAGGCAAUUUUUUUAGCAUUUUUGUAAGAUAAAUGAAUAAUGUUGUUUAAGGUUCUAGUGAGAAUGGAUAUUGAGGUAAAAUUUAUCAAAAAUUAUCAACUGCCAAUACUUUUUUGGGGAUGAGGGUGUGUGGAAGGACACCCUGGUGGCAAAAUUAACCUAUUAAUGAUGACAGAAAAUGGGAUUUGAAUAGCCGAUUGCCUAAAGCUUCAAGGGUGUAGCCUACUUUCUCAACCCGCACAAGAUCUUGAAAAAAGAAUAAGCAAUAAGAUAAAAUACAUCCCUUCCCUUCCCUUCCCUUCCCUUCCCUUCCCUUCCCUUCCCUUCCCUUCCCUUCCCUUCCCUUCCCUUCCCUUCCCUUCCCUUCCCUUCCCUUCCCUUCCCUUCCCUUCCCUUCCCUUCCCUUCCCUUCCCUUCCCUUCCCUUCCCCAUUUCUUUUCCCUUUCCCUUUCCCUUUCCCUUUCCCUUUCCCUUUCCCUUUCCCUUUCCCUUUCCCUUUCCCUUUCCCUUUCCCUUUCCCUUUCCCUUUGCCUUUCCCUUUCCCUUUCCCUUUCCCUUUGCCUUUCCCUUUCUUUGCCUUUUCUUUUACUCUUCCUGUUCUUGCCAUGUUCCUAUUCUCUUUCCUUCUCUAGACUGCUUGCAGUGGAACAGCAUCACUGUUCUGUGUUUUAAGACAGUUUGGAUUUUUGUCUCAGAAGUUUUACCCCAGUUUAAAAAAAAACAAAAAAACAAGCAAGCAAGCAAACAAAAAACCAGCAGUUCAAUUGUAGAAGGUUUGCAAAUCUGAAUUUAAAGAAGGUGUAAAGGCCUCCAGAAUGGAGAUAUGUGCUGGGCUGUAGGAUUCACCAUUAUGGCUGGUAUUAAGUUUCACAAAGUAGUGAACUAUGACCUCAUUUUAUUUUAUUUAUUUCAAUUUUACAUUGUUAGGGUAUUUCUGUUUAAUACAUAUAUCUUUGCACUCCUAAUUUUAUGAGGAUUUUUUUUUUAUAUACUGCUUUAGGGUCCUUUAAAUAUGGGUUCCUGAGGCCCAUUUAAUGCUGUGAAUUACUGUUUGUCAGUUGUGGGUUUAGUUUAUUUUAAUGUCUUCUCUUUUCUUAGGUACCUCUAGCAAUGCUGUUUUAUUUAUUGCUAUACCUUUUUAAGUUGUUAAGAAUAACUUAGAAUGACUAUGGCACGAAAGGCAGAUGGAAAUGUAUUGUGAAAACAAGCAUGUUUGCUGGGCUCAUAUUCAUUCACUUAAAAUUGCUGUUGUAGUACAUAGUCUACAAAGUAAUAGGCAAAAUAGUUGUACUAAUUCUACAGUUCUUUCUGCUUUGUCUACUUUCUUAUAUGGGUCAGAUUUCAAACUUUUUGAGUGGGUGGGAAAAGAUUUUCUGACAACACCUGACAAAAAUCUCUGCUUUGGUAGAAAAUCUGUUUUAAGUACAGCAGUGGUCCUGAGAUUAAUCUCACUUAUGCCACUUACUCCUGGGAAUCGGGAGCAAUUUCACUACAGGCAUGGACAUAACAGUCAUUUGGUUCUACAGUAAAUUAUAUUGGAAUCAAGCCUUAAGUCUCCCCAAACAAAUUUUGAUGGCUCAAGCAUUUGUUUUACCUUUAAAGUAAUGAUUAGACUGUUACAGCUGAUCUUAAUACGUACAUUCACCUUUUUUGCUGAUAGAAGAACAUUAAAACCCCAGUAUGGCUAUUCUGAGGUAUCGUAAUGCCUUUUUCCAUCCAUUCAGUUUCAAAUGGCAAUGGCACAUGGGUGCAACACAGCUAUGAACUCCUCCAUUAGCUUCUCUUGCCCUUAAUGUCUUUCCUGCCUGUGGAACUAAUCUAACUGUGCUAGUCCUGGUACUACACAAUUAGUUUAGUGUAACAGUCAACAAAAUGUACCAUGUACAUUAGUGAUGAGUGCUGUUGAUCAGCAUAAAUUUCUAGGAGCAUGGUUUGUUAUUGAUUAAAGAUUCAAUAUCUGAGUGUAAAGACACUCCACAUAAGUGAUGGUAUUACCCAUAACAGCAUCCCCAGUCAUGAUCUUUACGCUUAUACUGCUUCAUUCAGUGAAGAAUUAACUUUGGACAUCCCACUCCACUCCUAAACUUGGACAGGGCCUCUCUUGCAUGCCUUUUCAAAGUCCUGUGGUGGGCCUGCCUUCAUUGACCUCUCACUCCAUCUCUCAUAGAAAUCACUUUUGCUUUUUUUUUUCCCACUUACUUUACAUGUGGUGAAUGGAGAUAACUAUGUACAUGAAAGUUAGGGUUUUUUAAUUGUCUAUGAUAGCUUACACAUUUUAGGAUAGUUCUGAUACUUAUUUACUAAGAUUUAAUCAAUUUGUUAAUUGAAUUUUCAAUCCCUCCCACCACAAGCAAGUCAGCUCCAAAGAGUGCUUACGGUGUAUUUGGGACAUCUCUGUCAUGCGCUUCUCCUUGUUCAUCUGUCACCAGAGGUUCUUGCUCAGUAAUGAUGUUUUGAGAGAAAUAGUAAUUUUGUUGGUCUGGAUUUAUUAGAAAAGCAAAAAGUAUAAUGUUUACACUUGCCAGGAACUGUAAGCUUUCAUCUUUUCACUUUCUAAUUGAAAACCACACACACACAAAAAAAACCAACCAACCAACCAACCCAAACCACUAAAAGCAACUAGGGGGUAAGCAUUUCUUAGAACGCAAUUAUAUUAUUCACCUGGAUUAAAAAUGUUUGCUAUUUAAAAUUAAAAAAAAAAAAAACCACAAAAAAGUCUGUUUGUUGUGACAUUACAAAAAAAAAUCUUAAAAAAAAAAAUUAAAUAAAACAAUGGCAUUAAAAUAUAUAGAGGGAAAAAAGAAAAAGAAAAAAAAAUAGUUAUUUUGAAACCCCAGCUUCUCCACAUUAAACUAGCUAGGAGCUCCAGAUGGCAGGAGCUACCUCUUCAAGACUGGGCUGUAAUCACCACUGCAAAAGAAGAAACCUGAAAUAUGCUUUCACACAUUUGCAUGCAGCCAUUAUCUUCCAGACUAUGGAAAGAUACAGUCUUGUUGCUGGCUGAGAAGCACCUCACACACCUCCUCUCUCUUGUUCUGAAUGGUGUUUGUGUCAGUCUACAGCUGUGUAUGGUAUUAUGUCUUAUAAUCCUGCAUCACUUCUAUUCUAUCCAGUCAUAUCUAAUGUAGAAAAUUAGUUUCCAGUGAAAGUAAUAUGUAGUGCUUUUAUGAUAUUUGUGUGCAAUAUCCCCUCUUCCAUUGAGGAUAUUUGAUGUAAAGGAAACAAACUCAGUUCCACAAUAAAAUACAAAAGUGGUAAA